UGCGUACACCCAUUGUUGAUGACAGACUAGCUUCGUUAAUGAAGUAGGGUGGUUGACUUCCCCUCUUCUAACCUGUAAUUUACUGCCUGGUUCUAAGUCAGUAAGUUAGUCUGCUGUUGCUAACCCUUCGUUAAUCCACCAUGCUACAGUUUCUGGCUGGCUUCACUUUGGGGAAUGUGGUGGGAAUGUACCUCGCACAGAACUACGAUGUUCCCAACAUAGCCAAGAAAAUCGAAGCUUUCAAGAAAGACGUGGAGGCCAAGAAGAAGCCCCCAGAGUGAGAAAGAAGGGACCAUGUUGCGAGCAAGAAUAGACGGAUUCUGCGGAGAAACUAUUUAUUUUACAGGGUUAUGGUAUAAUGAUGUACAUUUGAUAAAAGGAUUGAUAAUGUAAAAUAUGUUUGGGAAUAUUAACAGUGCCUGGAGCAGUAUUUGUUUCUGCCUUUAGUUUUAUAGGCAUGUUCUCAUUGUAGCCUAUUUUUUAUAAGAUGCAAGGAGCAAAGUGUGGAUUUAAAGGACAUUAAAACUACCUUGUGGGAACACUUUCAAGUCCAGUGUCAUGGCACUGUUAGCUGGCCUUUUCUAGGAUGCACAGUGGUGUUUUAACUCACACAUGACACUCAUUUUCACAUUAGGUGUCCCUAAAGUGAAUAUGAAAAGAGUAAGCUGGUACAUCAGAGUUUAAGGACUUUCCCUCACAAGCAUCCUAAUUGUCAAUAACAACUGCCAAACUUUUUAUGAUAUUGGUGCAUACAUAUACAAUUCUGAAACACUCAGCUUCCAAUAAAGUUGCUGAUGAUGAA